ACUUUUUCAAUUUUCGCCUUUCUUUACAAUUCGUGUCAGUUGUAAUGGUGUACACAUUCCUCUGAAAACUAACUAGCAUGUUUGAUAAACAAUUCAAACCCUGACGCAUUGACCCCUAAAGUAUUUAGACUUGGCUURACAAUAUUAGCUUGGUUGCUGCUAGCCAUGUAGCUAGCUAUGUUACUCACCACGUUAGCCAACAAACUAGCUAGAUACUUUAUUAUUUUACUAGCGAUUGUUUAGCUAUCUUACGCUAGAUAUUCGAUUUGUGUUUAUUUAGAAGAUAGAUGCCGCCAGACAGAGAAAGAAAGCACAAGGGCACCUUAGGCGCGCGCACGAGCCUUCGCUAUCCUCCUCGAUAAGUUUACGRGUAGGUUCUUGUCAGCAGUAACGUUAGUCGUGUUAUAACUAUAGAUAGAUAGUGACAUCACGGAUAGAAGAAGGAGCGGUUAGUUACCAGUAUUUUGGUGACAUUGUUAGCUAGAGUUAGUUUUCAAAGUUGUCUUGCGGGGAUAAUUUACCAAUGUCGGGUGAGUUAGUGAAAUGGUAAACACGUUUGGGAAAGCUUGCUAGCUAAGUUAGCAGGUUUGAAAACACAUCUCUCGCUAUUUGUCAGUGUUGACUGGGUAAAAUUAGGCAGAAGCAAAGGAAUGUCCUUGCUAGUAACUGCCCACCAGAUCUAUUGUGGAUUAAAAAAAUUGAAUAAUGUAUCACGAAUGUCGAUGGUUAUAAAACCACAAUUGCAUUGAUUAAAUGUUAUAUAAAAACAGUGGGAGUCAAAGGGGUACAAUGUUGACAGACUCAGUCAAGGCAUGCCAGCCAGAAACUCCUUCAGUGGUAACAGCUAACGUUACUUAUUUAAAUCAUACACAGGGAGUCUUGAAUGGUAAACAAACACCCCUUAGAACUUGGACAUGUGUAGUCAGGGUCGGUCUUGUCCUGUUUCUCCUCCUAAAUAUACUAUAGAUUGGUUCAUGGAGAAGGGUAACAGUAGCUGGGACUGGCAUCCUCUGAUCCUCGAGAUAAAGCCAUGCCGUGGGACCGCCCAGUUUCUGAGCUCGCAAUGGUGAUCUGAAGCCCCAGUGUGGACGUGUCACAUCCACACUCGCCUACCCACAGACACACACACGGACUGAGCCCCCCAGCAAGUGUGUGCGAUGGACAGGUGUAAGCACGUGGGGCGGCUCAGGCUGGCCCCAGACCACUCCAUCCUCAACCCCCAGAAGUGGCACUGCGUGGACUGCAACACCACAGAGUCGGUGUGGGCCUGCCUGGGCUGCGCCCACGUUGCGUGCGGCCGCUACAUCGAGGAGCACGCCCUGCAGCACUUCCUGCAGCAUCGCCACCCGUUGGCCAUAGAGGUCAACGAGCUCUAUGUCUUCUGCUACCUAUGUGACGACUACGUGCUCAACGACAACGCGACGGGAGACCUCAAGCUGCUGCGGUCCACGCUCAGCGCCAUCCAGAGCCAGCGCUACGAGGUCACCACCCGCUCAGGACGCACCUUGAGAUCGGCUAGCGCUCCGCCCGACGCCCCCCAGCCCUGCGGCUCCAGCGAACUGCAGCUGAGGGACGAGGACCGCAUGUUCACGGCGCUCUGGCACCGCCGCCGUGCACUGAUGGGUCGAGUGUUCCACACCUGGUUCAGCCUAACGGAAGGGGGGAAGAGGAGGGAGGAGGAGGAGAGGCAGAGAGAGGAGGAGGAGAGGCAGAGAGAGGAGGAGGAGAGGAGGAGGAAGGAGUUGAGGGAGAGGAGGAAGACGUUGAAGAGGCAGCUACAGGAAGCGUUGGAGAGCGCCCCACCAAGGAAGAGCCACCGCCUGAGGAGAGCCAGUCAGAGAGCUGCUGCCGCCGCCGCUGUCACCCCCCGCCCCACACGAACACGUACCCCCAGCACCACUUACACACCCCAGACUCCCCUCACCCCCCGACCAAGAACCCAGAGCCCCGCCACUCACACCCCCAAGAGAAUGGGCCGCCCCCCUAAAACCCCCGCGCCCAAACCCACUCGCUACUCAACCCCCUCUUCCUCCACCAAAGGCAAACCCAGAGCCUCCUCUGCCCAAGCCCGGACUGCCCCCUCCCCGGCCCCCCGCCGUGCCCCCUCCAAACAGGGCGACUCGCCCCUCAAACGGCGGCCCACUGUCACUCCGGGUGUCACGGGUCUGCGUAACCUAGGCAACACGUGCUACAUGAACUCCAUCCUGCAGGUGCUGAGCCACCUUCACAUCUUCAGGGAGUGUUUCCUCCGGCUGGACCUGACGCAGGCCCUGGAGCUGCUGGCCUCGGCUGUUCACGGCCAGCUGGUGGUUCCCAGCACCGGGGGCCCUGUGUCGUCCUCCCCGCUGGCCCAGAGGAGAGGCCCCCAGGUGGGUGCUGGGCUAAGCGGGGGGGCCUCCAGGGCCCGGAGCAUGGAGCUGAUUCAGCCCAAGGAGCCCAGCUCCAAGCAUAUCUCCCUGUGCCAUGAGCUGCACACACUCUUCCAGGUGAUGUGGUCGGGCAAGUGGGCGCUGGUGUCGCCCUUCGCCAUGCUGCACUCGGUGUGGCAGCUGAUCCCAGCCUUCCGGGGCUACGCCCAGCAGGAUGCCCAGGAGUUCCUGUGUGAGCUGCUUGACAAGGUGCAGCACGAGCUGGAGAGCACAGGGACUCGCACGCCGCACGCUGGUGUGUCAACCGGACAGAGACAUCUCAUCAAGCAGGUGCUCAGCAUAGUCAACACCAUCUUCCAYGGUCAGCUCCUCAGCCAGGUGACGUGUCUAGCAUGUGACCACCGCUCCAACACGGUGGAACCUUUCUGGGACCUAUCGCUGGAGUUCCCCGAGCGUUACCACAGCAACAGCCGGGAGAGCGCAGCGCAGGUCUCGUGCCAGCUGACGGAGAUGCUGGCCAAGUUCACGGAGACCGAAGCCCUGGAGGGCAACAUCUACGCCUGCGACCAGUGCAACAGUAAGCGGCGGAGGUUCUCCUCCAAGCCUGUCAUCCUGACUGAAGCUCAGAAACAGCUGAUGGUUCACAAACUGCCUCAGGUCCUGCGCCUGCACCUCAAACGCUUCAGGUGGUCUGGGAGAAACCACAGGGAGAAGAUCGGGGUCCACGUCAGCUUUGACCAGCUCCUCAACAUGGAGCCAUACUGCUGCAGAGACCCCUCCCCCAAGGGCUCGCCAUGCUCCAGUCCCGCCCCUGCCGGCUCCCCGAGCCCCAAACACUUCCUGUAUGAACUGUCCGCUGUGGUGAUGCAUCAUGGGAAGGGCUUCGGCUCUGGCCACUACACUGCCUACUGCUACAACAAAGAAGGAAGGUUCUGGGUCCACUGUAAUGACUCUAAGCUGAACGUGUGUUCUGUGGAGGAGGUAUGUGGUGCCCAGGCCUACAUACUCUUCUACACGCAGCGCUUCACUCAGGACCAGGACCCACUGAGCCCCGCCCCAAACCCUCCUCCUUUGUACCUCAGCAGUCCAGUGACAUGACAUCAUCAGCAUUACCACCACCACCAAAACAUCUCAACCCCCCCUCUCUCACGCUCUUUCUUUGUGUUCAUUUUAUCUCCUCUGGGGGGAGGAAUGAUAAUUUUAUCAUUUAUUUUUCUAAAAGACACAAAGGACAGUCUCAAAGGACAUUUCUUUUUGUCUUUGUGAAUUUCUUGUACAUGUUGUUUUAUAUGCGUUUUAAAAGAAAAGGAAAACAUGUUUGAUAGUGUACAGGUUUAUUUUAUCAAGAGUAUCAGCCAAGUUGUGCGUUGUAUUAUAGACACGCCUUUACAGGAGUAGAGACAGACUUUGGCCAGGUGUGACUGUAAUCUAGUUCAGAUUUAUUCAGGUGUCAACCUUCUGCUCUUCUGUGCUGUUUUUAUUUUUCUCAAACGAUUUGAAUCAACUAAAAUGUUUCUCACAGCCACUUUAGACAGUUGACUAAGGGAUGUCAGUCAGUCAAAUUCUCAGCUGGAAUGUAGACUGAAACAGAUAAUUCCCUCCAUAAAUAGUAUUUUUAGAGUUUAACCCCUUUAGUUUCGCCAGAGACGUAAGGGGAAGCGAGACACCUCCCUCGCUCCUAUCUUCUGGUUCAUCUUAAUUUAUCCACCAUCUUUGGUAUCGCUCUCUGUAGUAAGUCUGGUCGGUCAGGAAAUGGUUCAUAAUUGACUACUGACCUCACGCCAAAGCACGAGGGAAACGUUUAAAAAGUAUCUCAGCUUCUCCAAAAACAAUUACAGAACAUUUGCAAGAUAUAUUCUUUGACUGGUUUUGGAAAAUCUAUUUUAUAACCAGUUUCCAAAGGGAUGUUUGUUUUUAGCUGAAUAAUGCCCUCUGUUCAGAAUGUGGUGCUGGUGUUUUUAGGCCUGUUGCCGCCUAACUUUUGGUUGGCAUCCCUACAGCAGAUGCGGCUGCCACAGUCAUAAUUGUCAUAGAAAAGUGCCCUUCGUUAUCAGAACAUAUCUAUUUUUGUAGUUCCUUUGCCAGAAGUGUAUUUGGUAUCAGUUCUUUGUAGCAGAGACUGUGAAAUGCAGUCCUACCCAGGCCAGCAUUUAGAAUAUUGAAUGUAUUUUUGUAUACUUGAACAUCGAGGAUGUUUCACAAAAGUUGUUUAAAAGAAGAAGAAAAAACAGGGCCACUGACUGUUCGAUUUUUAUAGUUUUGUAAUUGAUUCCUUCCCCCUCUAGUUGUUUGGAAUCACCAGCAGGUCUGACCCGUCUCUCCUGUGUGUGUGUGUGUGUGUGUGUGUGUGUGUGUGUGUGUGUAUACCAGCAUAUGUGUUCACACAAUAUAGUUGGCUCUGUAUAAUGUAAGUAUAAAAUAGCCAGACUGAUGCAAGUAGAUCCUUGCUGUGUGUUUGUGAGAGAUCUCCAUGCUGGUACUAGCUUAACUGCUCUCAACCUAAAUGCUGUUCAUCUCUAGAUUCACCUUUUGGGGAGAAUUCAAAGCACAUUUCCACCCGAUGUUUGUUGGCAUUGUGCUCAUACUGCCUCGGGUGUGUACACAUUUAUGGAAGUGAUACUAUGCAAAUUCUUACCUCAAUUUUUAGAGAAUUACCUCAUGAGAAUAUAUUUUCAUUUUUCUAAGAAAA